CCGUUACGUACUGGAAAAUAACAACUGCGACCUUUAAUAAUUAGACCUGGGUGUCAAACAUGGUUACUUUUUUCGAAGCAACCAGCCCAGAUCAGCGCGGCACUGCGCGGCUCAUGAGACACGGCACGAUUCAGAAGCUGUCAAGGUGUCCUCCUGCGACUACGGAUGGCAUCGACCCCCAAGCCCACCCAUAGCAAAAGCUCAGCACCAACACACCAAACUGGAUAGUCUACCGUCGCAUCACGAUCCCAACAUGACAAAAUGGCCAAUCGACGACAACGGCGUGUCAUAAUCAUCGCCGUCUUUCUUUUGGGCAUUCUUGUCCUCCAUGUUCUCCGCUCCAGCGUCUCACCGCCGCCUCGUCAACAUGUAGACAUCCGGCUCGUCAAGAGCAGCUUCGACUGGGCCAACCAUCAGCACAAGUACCCGGUAGCUCCGUCCUCCAUGCACCGCCUGCCGACCGAGCGUCCGAAAGCCCUCCCACAAGUCCAGUUCGACUUCGGCGACAAGCGCAUGCGCCAGAACGAUGCAACAUCCGAAUCGCGACGGCAGGCGGUCCGAGACGUCUUCGUCAAGAGCUGGAACAGCUACAAGGAGUACGCGUGGGGGUUCGACGAGCUGGCGCCCAUCACUGCCAAGGGCAAAAAUACAUUUGGCGGCUAUGCGGCUACGCUUGUCGAUGCCCUCGACACGCUUUGGAUAAUGGGGUUGCGCGACGACUUUGACGCCGCCUUGCCCGUUAUCGGGUCUAUGGACUGGGACAACACCAAAGAAACGGCAGUCAAUGUCUUCGAGACGACUAUCCGACAUCUCGGUGGCCUUCUGAGUGCCUACGACCUCAGCGGGGAGCCUGUCCUGCUCUCCAAGGCCAUCGAACUGGGCGACAUGCUCUAUGCUUCUUUCGACACGCCAAACCGGAUGCCGCCUUUUUGGCUCGACUUUGAUGCCGCGAAGGCGGGAACCCUCGUGGCGGGCACUGCCGACCCUUCAGCAUCGCCCUGCUCCCUGUCGCUCGAGUUCACGAGGCUAUCGCAACUUACCGGAGACCCUAAGUAUUUCGACGCCAUCGAGAGGAUCAAGCGGUUUCUGGAGAGGACGCAGCGCGAGAGCAAGCUGCCGGGCAUGUGGCCAGCUCUCAUCAACUUCAGGGACCAGUCCGUCACACAAUACAACGAGUUCACGCUGGGUGCCCUGGCCGACUCCCUGUACGAGUAUUUGCCAAAAAUGUUCGCCUUGCUUGGAGGGACCGAUCCGGCGUACGAGAGAAUGUAUCGCCACGCCAUGCGAGUCGUCGAGGAGCAUCUCCUUUUCCGCCCCAUGCUCCCCGAUGGCGAGGAUAUCCUCUUUUCUGGGUCGGCAGUUGUCGAAGGUAACGUAAGACAUAACCCAGAGAGCCAGCACUUGGCAUGCUUUACGGGUGGCAUGUUCGGGCUCGGCGGUAAGCUGUUCGGAAUCAAAGAGCACAUGAGCAUAGCCGAGAGGCUGGCGCGCGGCUGCGGCUGGGCCUAUAGCUCCUUUCCCACGGGUGUCAUGCCCGAGAUCUUUGGCAUGGUCGCUUGUGAGACGCUGGAUAGUUGCGAGUGGGACGAGGAUCGUUGGAAGCGCGAAGGCGCCUCCAAUCUGAGAAAGGGCUUCUCAAAUGCUCGUGACCCGCGAUACAUUCUCCGACCAGAGGCCAUUGAGAGUAUCUUCCUGAUGUACAGGAUGACCGGCAACCCCGAAUACCAGGAGAUGGCCUGGACCAUGUUCCAAUCGGUCGUCAAGGCCACCGAAACACAGCAUGCGAACUCAGCCAUUGAAGACGUAACGGUUGAAGGAGAGACAAGGAAGCUGGAUUCAAUGGAGAGCUUCUGGCUGGCCGAGACACUGAAAUACUUUUACUUGAUCUUCUCACCUCCCAGUCUCAUCAGCCUGGACGAGUAUGUACUGAAUACGGAAGCACACCCACUUAGACGGCAAUUCCCUUGAAAGGCGAAACUCGAGGGGUGUUCCCCACUCUACGGAAGAAUGAGACUGAAGCAUGCACGACCUCAACCGAGGAUUGGCCACCACAUCACCUCCUAAUAUUUACUGCAUAAGGAACCUACUGUUGAAAGGCCACUUUCCUACAUUGAUCUGGCCAGCUCAGUCGUGUUGGGGGUACGCCUUCGAUGGUUUGAGAUACGGCUUGGUACCCCCAUCAGGUAGAGUUCGAGGACUUGAAACAAAGCGUG